CAACCCAUACCUGCAACCUGAUUGAAGACGUCGAACAUCAGGCCAUCACACCCGUCUACCAAACCGUCGAUAGUUGCAAGCACAUCGCCCAGGAUGAAAAACACCACUAGAUUGCUUAGGUUGCGUAUCCAAUCGUCCCGGACCCCCACACGGACCUCGGCCGUCGUUCCGGCGCAACACCGACGAGCCUUGCAUACCACCCCCGCUAUCCAGUACUCUUCUUCACCUCGACUCUUUCAAGCUUCAACAUCGCCCGACGACGUACCCUCUACUAGCUCCAGUACCAAAGCUACCCCACCCGCCGGGAAAGCAGGCCUUGGAAUUGAUCAAGUCCCCAUAUCCGACAUCUCCGGUCCCAUAACCCCGUUAAGUCGGUACAACCAGCUCGUUGAAGCAGGAGCCUUACGGGACGACCCUCAUCAACGGACCAUUAUCGACAAGUUGGAGAAAUUGCAUCAAGAGUUGACGACGUAUCAUCCUCCACCAAUCCCGACAUCCUCGUCUACUUCAGGGUCGUCGUGGUUCGGCAACCUCUUCUCCUCGAAUGCCGCGGCGAACCAUGUGAUUGUCCCACCCGACUCGGUCCCUAGAGGGAUGUACCUCUUUGGGGAUGUCGGAUGCGGCAAGACGAUGCUCAUGGAUCUCUUCUACUCGACCCUCCCCUCUCAUCUCCACUCUCACCGCCGUCGCAUUCACUUUCACGCCUUUAUGCUCGACGUCUUUCGUCGUGUCCACGCGAUCAAGCACGGUCUACCCACUGCUUUGCAACCGGGGUUACAUGAAGGGAAAGAAGGAGCAUCCAAUCUGAAAGAGGAGAUCAAGAGUUUCGUUCCCUUGGCCAAAGAGCGGAUAAGGAAGCAGAGGGAGGAGGGGCCCAUGCAGGGUCGGUCGGACGAACGGGCUAUCGGCGUAGAAGCUCUCUCAGGGAUGAACCUCUUCAACUUGAACAAGCUCUUCUCUUCCUCCUCAAAGAAGAAGAACGGGACCGUCGUAGCGGAAGAGGAUGCCAUCUACGAGGCGGCCCGCGAGAUGGUAGAGGAGGGCAGGAUAUUGUGUUUCGACGAGUUUCAGGUGACGGAUAUCGUCACGGCCAUGAUAUUGAGACAGUUGUUGGGGAGGAUGAUGGAUUACGGGAUGGUCUGCAUCAUCACUUCAAAUCGGCAUCCGGAUGAAUUGUACAAGAAUGGUCUACAAAGGGGAAGCUUUGAGCCGUGUAUCGAUAUGAUCAAGAACAAGUUCCAGGUGAUCGACCUCGACUCCAAGACUGAUUACCGGAAAUUACCGAAAGCGCUUUCUAAAGUCUACUUCCACCCGCUGAACGAGGAAGUCCGGUCGGAAAUGUCGAAACUCUUCACGUCCCAAACGUCUCCCGUCACUUCGGCACCCGACUCCAACCCUGACCCAGUGAUAGACUCCCGCGAACUGUCCGUAUGGGGCAGGAAACUUCAUGUCCCCCAGAGCACGUCCAAGGUGGCCAAGUUCCCCUUUGAGAAGCUUUGUGGAGAACCUUUGAGCAGUGCGGAUUACCUGGAGAUUACGGGGAAUUUCGAAGUGAUCUUUGUCGAGGAUAUGCCAGAAUUGGGGAUUGACAGAAAAGAUGCAGCUCGGCGUUUCAUCACGUUUAUCGACGCCGCUUAUGAAAACAAGACCCGACUAUACAUUUCCUCCGAGGUACCCAUAUUCGAGAUCUUCGGUGGGGAUCGGAGCAAGGGAGCCAGCGAAGUCAGCGCGCAUAUGAGGAGCAUCAUGGAUGAUCUGGGUUUGGCUCACGACGUCGUCAAAUCCUCCGCGAUGUUCUCUGGAGACGAAGAGUUUUUCGCUUGGGCCCGAUGCGUCAGUCGGUUGACCCAGAUGGGCACCCGCGAUUGGGCCAACAACGGAAGGGUGCAAUAAGUUCGAGGCAAUACGACCGAGAGGUGGCCGGCAGGAACUCGCAGAACAAUUAGACAGAAACGGACACGCACAUAGCAUAGGCCUUACAGGAUACAGAGGAGGACAACAUUGUAUCCAUAGUCGCAUAGAUUGCACACAUCGCCCAGGCCGCUUUCGCCGUCUCAUUCGGGCACGAUUUCGAAUGCGACACCUAGGUCAGCACUCGGACAGGUAACACGCCUUUGAUGAGCCCUUUCGAAUCACAAUCUACGAAUUGAAACCCUUC